UACAUCAUCAAAAGUACAUACUGUAACACACACACACACAUGCGCACACGCACACAGGAAGAGGGCCGGACUCUUGUUCUUGUUACAGUUUCCUUUUUACCCAAACUUACAUCAGAGCCAACCCACUUCUCAACAGCUCUCCCGGUACACAGGCAUGGAAUGGAUCAUUACCCUCCACGGAAUACUGCUCUGGAUCUCCUUACGGGGUCCUGACCACUUCCAUGUAUCAGGUCAGGGCUGUUCUGGGAAGGAGCCAGUGAUUGACCCUCCUGCUCUGGUGGUGAAGUACGGAGGUCCAGCUACAGCAACCUGCCGAGUUCAGUACAGUGCUCUCAUGAUGGGCUGGGAGGCAACCGUGGGAGCAGAUAUCAAAGAUGACGUACGGCAGCUGGUGUGGAGUGUGGACAACGUCACUGACUGGUCACUGAAUGGAGGCAUAUCAUGCUUCGCCAACUCUGAAGAUGGACAAUGUUCGACUUCUCUACCCAUCACCAUUUAUAAAAUGCCAGAGCAUGUGGCCCUUUAUAUAAGCGAUGCUGGUCCACUGGUGGAGGGGCAGCAGUACUCACUGCAGUGUGAGGUUCAGAGUGUGGCUCCAGUGAACAAACUCACCGUCAUCUGGUUCAGAGGGGACGACGAGCUGCAACGUUCAGGACGCCCUGAGUUCACUGUUGAGGGCGAUCAGUCUCAGAACGUCACUGUGAAAGCUACUAUGGAAAUCACAGCCUCCAGAGAGGACCACAAAGCCUCCUACAGCUGUGCUGCCCAACUGGAUAUGCACACAGCUGAGCCCAUUCCUGACACCAGAUCCAACAGGAUCCCGCUGGAAGUUUUUUAUAAACCCAGAGUACUGAACAGCACUGGGAACAUGAGCAUCAGUGUUGGUGACAAACUGGAGUUGAGCUGCAUGGCUGAUGCCAACCCCAGCCCCUCCUUCCAGUGGAAGCACAACGGUGUGGAGUUACUGGGUAACAACAACGUUCACCUGAUCGACUCUUUUACUGAGGACAACAAGGGUGUUUAUGAGUGCAUCAUCAGGAACGACCAAGGAGAAUCGUCUGCAAAGAUGGACGUGAAAGUCGAGAUGAAGGGCAACCAGAUUGGAGUCAUAAUCGGUGCUGUAGUAUUAGUGGCGGUGUUGGUAGUUAUUAUUAUAAGUGCAGUUUAUAUCACACUUAAAAAAAGGGGCUCAGGUGUUAUAUAGAACUAUGCAGGCUUUCAAGGGGGGGGGGGGGGGU